GGCUGUUUAUUUACAACAAGCUGUCACAGUGGAUUCCUUCAGUUUGUAUUCAAGAUUAUUCAUAUAAAUAGUGAUGUUCUGUUUGUUUAGCUGAUUUUAAGCUGCAAAACUUGUGUCUAUUAUUUCUACCAGAGCAUAAAUGCACAAAAAACAUGUCCCAGUUGGAAACAAGCCAACAACUUUGCCGCAUCUGUUCCAACACUCGAAACGAUGCCGUUUCGCUAGAUCAUACUGUCGAUGGAAAGUCUAUAGUUGAAAUGUUACGAUGCUGUGUUAAACUAGAGUUCUACGAAAAUGAUGGACUUCCCUAUCAGUGCUGUCAGGAAUGUAAAGGAGACCUCAUAGUGGCCUACAAGUUGGUGGUACGCUGUCUCGAUGCCGAAACCUGGUUCCGGAAACAAUUGAAUGUAGGAGUAUUGAGUUUGCGGCAUUUUGAACAGAUCGAUGUCAAAACCGAAGAUUUUUUGUCUAUAAAAUCGGAAGAUGAUCGAACUGUUGAUGAAAUAGUAUCUAAAUCGAAAGCCAAAUCCACCGAAGAGCCAAGAGUUAAGCACGAAGAAAAUUCUUUGCUGAAUCGCGAUGAAGACAGGCUGUCAGAGCACAGCAAAGAAGAUGAAUCCAUACAACAAAACGACGACGAUGAUGAUAAUAAGGAAAGCAACCAUUGUGAAGAAAAUGAUGGUGAUCGCUUUAAGGAUAAAGCAAUGGAAUCUAAACGCAGGAAAUACGUGAGAAUAAAUACAUCGAUUCCAAAGAGAUGUUGCAAAUGUAAAACACGUCUACAAAGUAUGGAUCAAGCAAUGAAACAUUCUAAAACGCAUCUUGAGUCACGAAUCGUUGAUCCGCAAAAAAAUAAAGCUCGACCUUUUGAAUGUCCCAUCUGCUUUCGCCGCUAUACAAAGAAACGGGCCUUAUUGCUACACCAGCGAGAAAUGUAUAUAGAGAAAUCAUUCAACUGCCAGGAAUGUGACGAGGAUUUUCUUACUGAAACCCAACUCCAUGAUCACACGGAAUCUCACAGUAAAAAUAAAACGGGUAGAAAAGGUCAAUUGCCUAAAUGCUGCGCAUGUUACGCACAAUUCGAGUCGGAUGAAUUGAUGAUAAAGCAUGCCAUCGAUGUACACCUGCCAGAAAGUCAAAUGGCAACGAACGACAACGAAAAUCAAUUCGCUUGUGAUGUGUGCUUUCGACGAUACAAAACGAAACGAGUCCUUUUAGAUCAUAAAUCCAAGCCUUAUCGCACCAAGCAGUACCAAUGUUCUCAAUGUGGUAGAAUAUUUCGGGACAAAUGUGCUCUCUCGGAUCACGAACGCUGUCACCAAGGGGAGCAGCAAUUUGUUUGUCCUGUCUGUUUCAAACCGUUUGCCAUAAAAGAUUCCUUCAGAAAGCACGUACGGUCACAUACAAUCGAGGAAGAUCGCUUCAAAUGUGAAAUUUGUAAUAAGGGGUUCAAAACGAAAGGAAACCUCAAAGAUCACCACAUUACACAUGCGUCUGAUUAUCGCCCGUUGAAUUGCAGCCUUUGUUCCGCAACAUUUGCCCGCAAGUCCUGUUUAAAGUCACACAUGAGAAUGCACACGGGAGAGAAACCUUUCAAAUGCGAGAUGUGCGAUGCAAGCUAUGCUUUUUCUAGUGAUCUGAAGCGGCAUAUUAUGGCACACAAGGGUAUAAAACCGCACAUUUGUAAUGUUUGCGGCAGAGGAUAUCCCAGGCAGGAUUAUUUACGGAAGCAUAUUUCAUCGCAUUAUGCAACUAACUAACAUUACUGUUAAAGUUUGAAGUAAUAUAAUUAUUUUAGUAUAAGAA